AUGGCCAUCGAUCCCUCCAUAGUAGCCGAGGAGCUCUUCUGGAUGGCUCCAGGCUAUAAUCCACUGACCUGUCGUCCAUGUCGUGAAGCAAUUUGCCUUAUCGACAUUCAAGAUCACCUCACUGGCCCCGAUCAUGAGAUGCCUCUCGCUGAGGCCCUCCCAAUUGCUCGAGCCGUCUACCAGCGUUGGUGUGAUCCUCCGUCAACUUCUCAGAGCUCCGAUGAUGAAAGUGACUGCGAAGACGAUCAAGACUGGUUGGAGACCCUUGAAGAAGAAUCCCAGCCUGAUGAGAGCCCACCGUCUGACCCUCCUCAGUCUGAUCGCGAUUACCGGGGAUCCGUGGCCCUUGCCAACCUAUCUGAUCCCCUUAUCCCUAGUCAUAUCCAGUAUACCCUCGAUCGCCAGGCCCAUCAACGCCGAUUCAAGUAUUGCCAGCCAAGCUCGGAGCUUGAGAGAGGGCUGAAUGUAUGGAAUACUUACUGCUGGCCAUGCAUGUCGCGAGGAUACAAAGGGAGCUGUGUUCAUACUCUCAGCAACUGCAAGCAGCCCGCCGAGGUCGUUGGCAAGGCCCAGAGGUGGUUUCGCCGGGCACGCAUCAAGCUUCCCCAUGAUCUCCGCUGUUCUGACACCUGCGAUACUAGUCGUCAGCGUCCUGACCAGCCGGAAGGGGCACGGCCCUGUUCACACAUUGAGCCUAUGCUUGCGCUGAUUGCUGGCUUCCUAUUCAUCGAUCCCGCAGUAGGUGAAGGUAUCGAGCCCAGGCGGUGUAAAAAGAUACAGACUGCAUAA